GAAGCCUUAAUCUGUAGACCUUACCUCAUGACGAAGUCCGCUGCCCCUUUAAAAGCGACAACGUGGGCCGCCGUUGUAACCAAUCAGAAGCUGGCUCCCUUCGAAAUGGGCGUGGUUUCCUGGCCGCCUCAUCGAGCAGGAACCGGCUGGUUUAAGUUGUCAACGAGCCAGUUGUGGGUUCACGCCGGAGCACAGAAGCGCUUGUGUCACGCGACGCUCCGGUCUCCCGGUUGUUGGUCGGUCAGAAGAGUUUUGCUGGUACUCCGCGAAGGAGAGAGCCCUUAACUGGUUCCGCACCUCGCGAGCUGUAGUGUCGCAGUCUUCGUUUUGUUUUUAAAGCAGGGUGUGCAGACGUUUGAGCAUGGACGGCAGCAGAGCGACAGAUUGACGAAGGAAGACAACAGAUUUUGCGUAUGUGGGGGAGAAGAAAAAAAAACACAUUCAUCGUCCCGAAGAACUAUGGAGCUGUCACUGGCCCACCCGGCCAUCAAAGCCUUCGUGUGCGGCUCCGUCAGCGGGACCUGCUCCACGCUGCUCUUCCAGCCUCUGGACCUGGUCAAGACCCGGCUGCAGACUCUGCAGAGCGGCGUGCAGCCCGGCUCGGGCAGAGUGGGGAUGAUGGCGGUGCUCCUGAGCGUGGUGCGGACCGAGAGGCUGCUGGGACUUUGGAAAGGAGUUUCGCCGUCCUUUGCUCGGACCAUCCCGGGAGUGGGGCUCUACUUCAGCACCUACUAUUCCCUGAAGCAGCACUUCUUCCAGGACAGCCGCCCGGGGGCCGCGGGCGCCGUGCUGCUGGGAGGCGGGGCCCGGGCGGUGGCAGGCGUCGUCAUGCUGCCGGUCACGGUCAUCAAGGCGCGCUUCGAGUGUGGCAGGUACAGUUAUGGCAGCGUGACCGGAGCUCUGCGCAGCGUGUGUCGGACUGAAGGUCCCGCGGCUCUGUUCUCGGGCCUGGUGGCCACUCUCCUGAGAGACGUCCCGUUCUCUGGCCUCUACGUCAUGUUCUACAGCCAGGCCAAGGCCUCGCUGCCCAAAGAUAUCAGCACGUCUGCCUCCGCCCCCCUGGCGAACUUCGGCUGUGGCCUCCUGGCGGGGGUGUCGGCCUCCCUGGUCACGCAGCCAGCCGACGUGGUCAAAACGCGCGUCCAGGUGAACUCGCAGCUGAGGACGGCCGAGGCGAUCCGAUGCAUCUACACGGAACACAGACUCCAGGGCUUCUUCAGAGGGGCCGUUCCACGGGCGCUGAGGAGGACCAUGAUCGCCGCCAUGGCGUGGACGGUGUACGAGCAGAUGAUGGCCCGUUUUGGACUGGAGCCCUGAAGGAGGGGGGGUGGCGGGGAGGGCGUAGAAGCUUGUGAAAGAGAGAAGAGCUCAAACUCAAGUUGAGUGAAGACGGUAAUGUGAACAGGAAGCUGGACUCGCAGGAGUUCAGCUUGUAUUUCGCCACAACGCGACCGAUGCGGACUGGCGGGCCCGUCACAAAGCGGACGAGGAGACUUUGUUCCAUGGGUUGUGUUCAGCUGACGUUUAGAAACCAGAUUUUUGUUCUUUUUAGCCAGUGCUUUGCAAGUCAUUUUAUUUUUAAAUACCACUGGCAUGGUGGGAUAAUCGCACAUCAAGUAGUAAAAUAAAUAAUAAUUUGCGAUCCUCUGCGAGUAUUUGGUGGAUUCAGAAAUGCCUCGGUGGGAAUUCCCCUAUCUCCUGCUUUCUCAAUGAGACUGCAGAGACACGAUCAGCCAUUCCUCACGAAGACAGAUACAGCGAGGCCUCUGCAGUGAACUUUGACCCCUGCAGUUCUGUCGCAUGCACAGUUUACGACCAGGAGAGAGUUGAACGCCUCUCCAAUAACACAAUGUUGUUUUAUAUUCUUACUUCUUUUUAAACAAUACUAUGUGCUUGUGUAUGAACUCAUUACAUUUGUCUGCCUUUUAACAUUUUAUAUUUGUCUGAAGUGUAUUUUUUGCAAAGUUGUUUCUUGAUGUUGAAGAAAAUAAAUAUUACAAAUAUA